AUGAAAGACCAAGGCAGUAGGAACUGGGGCAGGUAUAUGAACCGUCCACUCGAGAGAACAGAAGGGAUGUCGGUAUCAACCUGGCCAGACAUCUCACACCUAUCCGUAUCCAAACCGGAGCUAAUCAACGCCCUAAGGCAGAUGGGUCAACAGGUUAAAUGGCCCCCGAAAAUGAGGGCACCCGAUUCCUUUCGGAACCCCGACCUCUGGUGUGAGUUCCACUGUGACCAUGGUCACAAGACGGAGGACUGCAUCGCAUUAAAGAUCGAAGUUAACGAGCUCCUCCAAAAGGGGUAUCUCCAGGAAUUCCUCUCAGAAAAGGCAAAGAACCUCCUAAGCAAGGAGACACCCAGGAAAUCUGCUGAAACCAAGCCCGCGUCACCACCUCGCCAAGACCGAGUAAUCCAUGUCAUAUCCGGAGGUUCAAAGAGAAGCGUCAUAAGCCAUGCAGCUGCAAAGAAGAGCACUCGAAACGCUAAGCAUGACGAGAUAAGCUUCACGGCGAAGGAGCAAGAGAAGGUCCUGGCUCCCCAUCAUGACGCUCUAGUAAUAUCGCUUACCAUAGCAAACUGCUUGGUAAGGAGGAUCCUAGUAGAUAACGGAAGCUCCAGAAACAUCAUCUUCCAUACCGCCUAUCAGGACCUGGGGUUGGAUGAAAGUGCCUUAACUAGAAAGAGAACCCCACUCGUGGGAUUCAGCGGAGAUGUGAAGCAAACCGCCAGUGAAGUGGUCCUUCUAGUCUAUGCUGAAGAAAUCAACAUAUCAACUAAGUUCCUCCUCGUCGACUGUCAAUCAUCCUACAACAUGAUCUUGGAAGUUGUCCCCUCAACACUCGAUCAAAUGGUGAAGUUCCCUACUCCCUGGGGCAUCAGAGCCAUCAGAGGAGAUCAAGAGAAUUCUUGGCCCUGCUAUCAAACCACCCUGAAGGGAAAAACCAAGGCCUUAUAG